UUAGCGUAAACUUUAUGGUUAUUUAGAAUUAUUCCAGUGAGCUAGCUAUACUAAACCUACCCUCUGAUGCUGAAAAGGAAAUUGUCCCCAGUUUAUGUCACUUUAUCGUCAUGUUACGGGUGUUUGUUUUCAUCAGCGAUUAUUUUUUGAUGUUUUGACUUACAAAACAGAUUAAACACAUGAAUAGUUUCUGUUUUUCUGUCGCCUGGUCCAGAUGAUGGCGCCUACAAAGAUGAAACUGCGGAUGAGGAAGAAAGAUGCUUCCGGCAAGGCGUCGCAGAGCAUGUCUGCGGAGGCUUCGCCGGACUCCAAGUGCCCCAUCUGCCUGGACCGAUUCAACAACAUGGCCUCCCUGGACCGCUGCCUGCACAAGUUCUGCUUCCGCUGCAUCCACGAGUGGUCCAAGAACAAAGCCGAGUGCCCCCUGUGCAAGCAGCCCUUCAACUCCAUCUUCCACACCAUCAAGGCCGAGAACGACUUCAAGGAGUUCGUCCUGCGGCCGGCGGAGAACGGGACCCUGGGGAGCCCCGGCAGCCCUGGCGCCGUCCGGCUCCGGUACGGCGGCGCCGCCGCGGCGCUGGGACGGGAGCGGCGGCAGUCCCCGCGCAGGACGUCCCCGCCCCCGGACCACGGCAUCAUGUUCGAGGGCCUGACGGGCUCCGCCCCCCUGCAGCAGGACCGGGGCGUCCAGCGCAUGAUGGUGCGGCUGGCGGCGAGGAGGCGGGCGCAGAAACAGGGGCGGGCGGUGCGCCACCUGCGGGAGCAGGAGAUGGUGACGUUCCGGCGGGCGCUGUACCGCACCGGCGUGCGGGUGCGCAGCGUGCGGGACGGCGGCCGCCACCGGGACGUCUCGGCCGCCUUCUUCCAGCGCAACCCGGCCUGCCUGCACCGGCUGGUGCCCUGGCUGAAGCGGGAGCUGACGGUGCUGUACGGCACGCACGGCUCCCUGGUCAACAUCGUGCAGCACAUCAUCAUGUCCCGCGUCACGCGCUACGACAUGGACGACCAGGCCAUCCAGGACGAGCUGCGGCCCUUCCUGCUCACCCGCACCGACCACUUCCUGCACGAGCUGAUCAGCUUCGCCCGCUCGCCCUUCAGCAUGGAGGCGUACGACCAGCACGCCGUCUACGACUGCCCCGCGCCCUCCUACGAGGAGGGCAGCAGCUCGGACUCCUCCGUCAUCGCCAUCUCGGAGGACGAGGAGGACCCCGCGGAGCUGGCCCGACGACCCGCCUCGGCGACAGGCAGCGGCCUGAGCCAGGCGCCCUGGGACGACGAGACCCCCGGGCCGUCCUACUCCACCGCGGAGCAGACGCAGUCGCCGUCGCUGUCCGUCAGCGAGUCGGCGUCGGAGAGCAGCAGGGGGGAGGCGGGCGGGCCCCAGGCCCAGCCCAGCGCCCUGGUGAAGGCCGACCCGACGGCGAAGGAGGACCGGGACGCCUCCUCCGCCGAGGAGGACUGCAUGAUCGUGGGCUACGUGAAGCCCAUGGCGGAGCGGACGCCCGAGCUGGUGCAGCUCUCCUCCAACUCGGAGGAGGAGGAGUCGGCCCGCGAGGAGCCGCCCCAGCACCUCCGCUUCCCCAGCCUCAGCCCGCCGUCCUCCUCCGCCGGCUCGCCCGCGCCCAAACGCGGCUCCCCGGGCGCGCCUGGCCAGGGCCUGCCCCGCGGGACGCCCGAGCCAGCGGGCGAGGACCCGUGCGCUUCGGAGCUGCAGAGACAGCACGGCUCCUCGCCCGGCGGGGACUGCGUCGCCCACACGGACGCGGCCUUCGCGCCCACUGACCGCCCCGGCGACGAGCCCGCCCGCGAGACGGACGCCGGAGGGCAUGGCGACCGGUCGAGGGAGCGCUCGGGGUCCGGUGGCGGCAGGCGGUCGGGGAGCGCGGAGCUGGGCUGUCCGGCGAGGAGCCCCACCAUCUCGGUGCACAGCGACAGCACGCUGUCCCGCGGGAGGGUGCGUUCGCAGUCGCCGUCCCGGGACAGGGUGCGAGAGAGGAGGCGGGACAGGGUCGCAGGCCAGCCCAGGCACGGGCGGGGCGAGGCGGCGGCGGCUUAUUCGUACCACUGGGAGUCCUACAGCCACUACAGCAGGGAGAGCCGGAGCGGAGGGGUGCUGUACACGCAGAGCCGGGCCUACCGGUCACGCCUGUACGCCGGCCCCGCCCGCGGGCCCCGCCCGCGCAGUCGCAGCCGCCCCCGGGAGCCCCAGCACCGCGCCCGGGCCCGGUCCCGGUCCCGCAGCCCGUCCAGCACCAGCUCCCAGGGGUCCCGCCCCGCCCCCCGCGGGUCCCGCCACGACAAGCCCGGCGGGAAGAGGAAGUACAAGACCCGCCACCUGGAGGAGUCGGCCAAGGGCCGCGCCCCCAGAGCGCCGGCGCCGCCCGCAGGCCCCGCCCUCAAGGACAGCCGGGGGGGCGAGAGGCGGCGCAAGCGGUCGCGGAGGAAGAGCCGGAGCCCCAGCGUGGAGAUCGUCUACGAGGGCAAGGCCACGGGCGCGGCCCGCAGGCACCAGAGGAAGAGGAAGAAGCACAGGAAGAGGAGCCGCAGGCACAGGAGCCAGGAGCACAGGUCCCCCACCGUCAUCACCAUAGACAGCGACAGCGACCGCGCGGCGGACGUCAGCGACCGCGUGGAAGUCUCGGACCAGACCACGGACGCCGGGCCGUUCGGCAGCGAGAACGAGGUCUCCGCCGGCACGGAGCCCCCGUCGGACGCGCACCUGCUGGAGUCCAUCCUGCAGGACCUGCAGCAGCACAUCCUGCCCGUCGACCAGGACCGCGCCGCCGCGGUCGCCAGCGCCGGAGCCGCGGCGGCGGAACUCUCUCCCGACUACGAUAAGUGCGGCGCGCUGCGCGGCGAGAGCGGACACUCCUGCGUGUCGUCCGGCGACGAGGCGGGCGCCGGCAGCCCCGUGAUCACCAUCGGAAGCCAUUUCAUUCGACAGAGCAGUCUGGACGAGGCACCAGACGCCAGUGCGGUCUGUUGCUCUGACUGAGGCUCAGAAAUGUGCAAUUACACACGACGUUUUUUAAAGUGUGCGAAACCUUAACUAAGGGUGAACAUUGAAACGGUUAGAUCAGACUUUUACAGGACGGACAUUGAAUUUGCUGUCAGAGGUGUGUUCUGUGGAAGUGUUAAAAAGCUGUCAUUUAACCACAUCAGCACUGUAAUUGUCAACGUCAGCAUUUUAUAAGUGACUCCAUCCUAAACGGGAAGCUUCCGGUUUUUAUUUACUCAGUGCUGUUCAACUUGCACUCUGUCACAUUUAAUGUUUUGGAAUAAUUGCCGACUUUGCUACUUUUAGAAGCUGUUCGUUUGCUGUAUUACUCAGGGAAAAAGAUGGCUGCCUCGUAUUUCAUAACAUUCAGCUGAAGCAAAAGAUCAUACCUGUUUAUGGAACCCUUAGUUUUUUGUCCUUCAGGACUUGCUGACUUAACCUUUGAAAAUGUACAUGUCUUUUUCACAUUUAACUGGACAUUUCAGAAUAAAGCAGCUUUGUGUUGCAAUUGCUUA